UCAGUUGGGUGAUCUCGAAGACUCGACUCGUUCACAGAGCCUUUUAGUUGGCUUUGCCGUCACUAGCCUUUGCUCUAGUCUUCAUGUCAGCCACAUUCUAUCAUGCCUUGCUUGCUACAACAAGUCACAAUCUUUUUAUAGUUCACUUCCAUCUUCUCGGUGCCACGUUUGGAGCAUUCUCCGCUUAAACCCCGCCUCAAUUUUCCCCGGAAAUUAUGCUGCUUCUUUGGUUAGUUAAGGUUACAGGGUCACGUUGUUACUGUUUUGCCAACAAUUUUAGACUUUAUUAAGAGACGACAUUAAAGUCUUUGACUUAAAACGAGUGUUAGUUAGGUCUUUUUUUAAUAUCUCGCUUUCCAAGACACCUUUCUGGUUUAAGACAAAGUCAAAUACUCAACCUUGAAUGUUUCCUCUAAAUAUUUCUGAGUAAAUAAAGACCAAUACUUAAUUUAUAGGUGAACAAUGUGCUCUUGGCACGCACAUGGACAUGGCAUGAUGGCACGACGAGGCGAGUUUAAAUAUAAAUGUCUUUAGCAAAUCCUCUUCCAUUUCUCAUCUCCUUUUUCCACUUGGAUUAAGGAUGGACAACUCUGAAGCACAUCUAGAUAGAAUUGAGGCACAGAGGUCAACAGAUGACCAACAUAAACGAAGAUGCUUCCCUGUGAAUGUGAUAAAAAAUCUAGGCACACUCAGUUCACGCAGUUUCCUUCGACGCAGAGGAGAUGAAGCCACACCACCUACGACUACGAUAGACAUUGAAUCUGUGCCAAAGUUCCUUACCACUCUCAGAUUGUUGGAUCUUUACAACCACCCCGGUGAAUAUGUGGCAAUGAAUUCAGAGAUCUCCAGCGCAAUGCGAGCUGGGAACAAAGAAUUUCUGGAGAAGAUGGAAAGCUACGAAACACCAAUGUCAUGCUUCAAGAACAACAAAGGAGAUUCCAUUCUUCACCUUGCUGCUGCUUUUGGUCAUCUUGAGCUAGUAAAGAGCAUAGUCUCUAAAUUCCCAUCUCUUCUGUUGGAGUUAAAUUUUAAGGAUCAGCUUCCGCUUCAUGUGGCUGCUCGUGAUGGUCAUUUAACAGUUGUUAAAGCUCUUGUAGCAUCGGUAACAUUUUGUUCAGAUAGACUGGCUGAAGAAGAUAGGGAGAGGCUGAAUCCAUAUAUUCUAAAGGACAAAAAUGGAGAUACUGCUCUCCACUCAGCCUUGAAAGACCUCCAUGAAAAAACAAAAGAACUCCAUGAAAAAACAAAGGAUAUGCAUUGGCUACGACGUAGCAAAUCCAAGUCACUUUCUAAUGAAUCUACACACCUAAUGGAGACAGCUGCUUGUCUAGUCAAUGCGAACCAAGAUGUUUCGUUUCUUGCAAAUAAAGAUGAAAUCUCCCCCUUGUAUUUGGCAGUUGAAGCUGGUAACGUAUCACUUGUAAAUGCAAUGUUGAACAGCCAUGUUAAUAACGUUCAAGACAAAACCUUUAACUUAGCCACACAAUUGAAAGGGAGAAAAUCGCUUGUGCAUGCAGCUUUAAAGGCAAAGAAUACAGAUGUUCUUGAUGUUAUUCUCGGUAAAUACCCGAGUCUUGUCAAAGAGCGAGACGAAAAAGGACGAACUUGUCUUUCGGUUGGAGCAUCUGUAGGGUUUUAUCAAGGCAUAUGCAAGCUGUUAGACACAUCAACGCUAAGCAUCUUUGAUUGCGACGAUGAUGGUUCAUUUCCCAUCCAUAAGGCAGUGGAGAAAGGUCAUGAGAAUGUUGUUAAAGAGCUUCUAAAACGUUUUCCGGAUUCAGUAGAGCAGCUUAACAAAGAAGGUCAGAACAUUUUCCACAUAUCAGCAAAGAGUGGCAAAUCCACAUUGUUUCUUAUGGAACAUAUCAAUAAAGUCGAUACGAAGAAUCAUCUUAUGGAGGAGCAAGAUAUGGAUGGGAAUACACCUUUGCACCUGGCCACCAUAAAUUGGCGCCCUAAAACUGUUCGUAUGCUUACUAAAUUUCUUUCCAUCAGAAAAAAACUCUUGGAUAAACAUAACUCCGUUGGCUUGAGACCUCUGGAUAUCGCAGAGAUAAAUCUGCAGUCUGACUACGUUUUUCGAGAGAGAAUGACUUUGAUGGUCUUGCUAGGCGUUUACAAUCUAAGACAGAGAGGUAUUUCUUUGCUACCGACUAGCGGGAUGACACUAAGAAGUAGAUCAGAAAAACUAGGUGAUGGUGAAAAAUACAAAGACCGUGUCAACAUUCUUCUACUGGUGGCAGCUCUUGUAGCCACUAUGACGUUUGCUGCAGGUUUUACAAUGCCCGGUGGCUUUAGCAGCUCUGCUCCAAACACUGGCAUGGCUAUUUUGGUCGAUGACCGUUACCUCACAACAUUUAUUAUGAAUGACACUAUUGCAAUGCUUACCUCAGUUUUAGCAAUAGUUGCUCUUAUCUGGGCACAGUUAGGAGAUCCAGAACUCGCGCACAGAGCGUUUCAUUUGGCUUUACCAGCACUCUUCGUUGCUCUACUCUUCAUGUGUUUCACAUUCUUUUAUGGCGUUCUGGCUACAAUACAGCAUAACAUCGUGCUUUCACGCAUCAUAAGCUUUGUAUUUAUUAUCUUAUUUAUUAUGACCGGAACCCUCCUUACCCCUUACGUGAUCCCGCAGGUUUACGGCCUUCCUAUUAUUGGAGUUUUGACUAGUUCAUAUCUUGAUUUUCUAUUGCUGUUUGUUAAUGAAGAUGAUGAUGAAAAACAUUACACCACCGGCUCAUCUCACACGUGUGUGAAGAGUGGGGAGUCCAUGGGAUCUUCAAGCGGGGUCCAAGCGGAAAAGUCGAAAGUGCUUUAAAGAGAUUGCAUCGUUUCAAAUUAGCUUUCCUUAUUUGGGUCACUAAAGUCUUGGCAUUUACUUUCCUGCUUGUAAUAAACGCGGCUACUGUUAAUGUUUUUUCUUGGUUGUUUGUACAAUUGUACUUAGUAAUGUAAUAGCAACAAAAAAAAAAGAAAUCGAAGCGAAAAAAGAUGUAGAAAAGUCUGGAUUUUUAAUUGCUACUAGUCUCGACCUCUAUAUUCGAGGACUUAUGUAUGUUUAGAG